CUGAAUAUAAAACACGAAGAAGAAGAUCAGGAAGCGGGUUUGAGUUGUAUUUUCAUAAAUUGACAGUGGAGUGACAGCAGCGAGAAGUGGGAUUAAAUGGGUUUUAACAGCUAGUCAUUACAGUGAAGAAGAUUUUAGUUUUAACUCUGGAAACAUUCCUCAGUGUCCACUCAACUGUUAUAGCUCUUCGGGGGAAUAAAAUGGAGGCUGCCCUGCCCCUGUCCUCGAUGAGGCUCUUGGUUCCACCUCUGCAGUUGAUGUCCGCUGUGAUGUGGAAGGUGGUUCACCAAAGGAACACAGCACAUUAUGGGAAAGUGGAGGGGUUUGUGUCCCUGGUAUCUGAAGCCAUCCCUGGCAUCUUCACUGACAGACAGAUGAGACUGCUCACUCUGGGCUUAAGAGCAAAGAUGACUUUACAGAUGCUCUGUUCUGAACAGCCAGAGCAUUUCAGAGGUGUAACAACACACCUGCACAGCCUCUUGCCAUCCAGCUCCAAACAGCUUCAGCCAGGAAAUGAAGCUCUUGAAGCCAACUUUGUCAAGCUUGUUCAGAGACUUCUGGAAGACCCAAAUAAGAGAGACCAUUUCCUGAAGAAUGUGUUUCCUGUGGAGUUUGGUCAUGACUUUGAUACAGCACUGGAGACACUGGUUUGUGAGUUCUUCACCCGACUGGAACAACUUAUGCCGGUACCAAACUUUAAACAGACCACGGUGUGGGUCAGUGAUACACCCUCUGUGCUAGAAGAGUGCAUGCAGUGUGUAACUAAAGCUGAUGACCUCAAAUUGUUGCACAGAAGCAAGGUGCCCUGCAGUGAAACCGCCAACACAGAUACCAGUGUGCCCUCUUCCUCAGAGCAGCUGCUCUUGUCCUCAUUCUCUAUCCUUCCUACACUGAUAGAGAUAAGCACAACAGAUGUGGAAUCUGACACACAAACAUUACAAAACCAAAGAGAAUCUGAAGCGAUAUCUGCUCAGGAGACUGGAGAGCUUGAGAUACACGAUUCGAGACAGCCAUCUGAGGAGGAACCAGAUGUUUUCAACAGCAGUAACACUGAACCAUCAACAGGAGAGAAAAGUAAUGACAGCAUUCCUGAUGUUCACAUUGUGGUGGUGAUCAAUGACCAACCUUCAUCCACCUCCCAGGCUCCUUCUGUACCUGCUGUAUUGUCCAGCUCUAUGGCUGGCCCCCCUCGGCAGAGAGUUGCCCACAAGUGUGUGCAAUGCGGGAAGUGCUUCAUUUACCGUUAUAAACUUGUGGAGCAUCAGAGGCUACACACUGGAGAAAACCCUUACAAGUGCUCUCAGUGUGGAAAAUCCUUCAGGAGGACAUCUGACAUGUCCACUCACAGACGAACACAAUGUGCAACAGCAGCUUAUAUGUGCAUCAAAUGUGGGGCUAGCUUUCCAUCUGUACGGGAAAAAUUUAGACACCGGUGUGGUCGUAUUGUCCAAAGGUUUGACUGUUCUCACUGUGGAAGAAGCUUUAAAAAAAUGUACCUGCUGACUAAGCAUGAGCUGACUCACACCCAGCGCCGUCUUCCCCGCACCGUCUUUACAUGCAGACAGUGCAGGGAAGUGUACCCCAGUAUGAGUGAGCUGAGAACCCAUCAGAAGAGUCAUCCUCCUGAGCUAUCCAAUCAGUGUGUGCAGUGCGGGAAAUUUUUCAGCUCUGCUGCGUGUUUGGCAGGACAUGAGCUGCGCCACAGGCAACCCAAAACACAGACUUGCAUAUAUUGUGGCAAAACCUUUAAGAACAAACAUGACCUGAAUCUUCACAUGCGUAGCCACACAGGUGAAAGGCCUUUUCAGUGCACGUACUGUGGGAAACGUUUCUCUGUGUCAGGAAAUCUGAACGUACAUAUAAGAAUUCACACUGGAGAAAAGCCCUAUCUGUGUUCUGACUGCGGCAAGGCUUUUGUUUCAGCCGGCGAGCUGCAGAUACACAGACGCUCCCACACAGGGGAAAGGCCGUACAAAUGCGCAGUAUGUGGGAGAGGAUUCACCAUGGCGAGUAAAGUGACACUUCAUAUGCGUGUGCACACUGGGGAACGUCCUUAUGUCUGCUCUGAAUGUGGGAAAGGUUUCUCCCGUGGUAAUGAACUAAAAAAACAUACCAUGAACCACACAGGGGUUCGACCCUAUGCCUGUCAGCUGUGUGCAAAAACUUACACAUGCCUCAAUCACCUAAAAAGACACUUAAAAACUCAUACUGUAAUCCAAGCCCAGGCUGUGUGAUUCCCUUUGUUACAACAAGGCUUUUUGUACUGACUUGUUUUGAUUUAAUGAACUGUUAAUAGGUUUCACACUGACCCUCUGGUGUAAGGACUGUGCUGCAAAAAUGCUUGUUUUUUUCUGUCUUGAGUCUUUAUCCAGCUUUGUCAGAUCUGUUCUGGAUAUUUAAAUUCUUUAAGUACAGCUUUUGGGCCUGACAUAAAAGUGUAUUUCUUUUGUUCUCUAAUCCUAAAAUAUGUUAAAAGGUCUCUAAGAAAACAUUAUUUUCAUGUAUAAAUUAGUUCCAUAUUCUUCUGUCAGUUAACAUUUAGUUUCUUAUUGGAAUUGACAUUAUUUGCCAGGAUAAGUGUUUUUUUAUGUCAGUAUACUAAACACUGAAUAAAUCCUAACUAGGCUAUGGAAGUAGCUUGUCUGUUCCUGACAGCAACAGAAUUUCUAUUUGAAUUUGGCAUGAAACAUCCUGUGUUUGUACUCUCAGAUAAACAAAUUAGACAGCUGGAUGAAAUAUAUAUAGAAAUGAGUUUCACUUCAGUUAAUACAGUUUUUUUUCUAGAUUUUGUUUCUAAUUAGAGCUGAUUGUUUCAACUAAUUUUAGGUAUUUAAUGUCAUUCUUACAAAAGCUUUUACCUUUUCAAUUGAAAGAUUUUGAGACGUUAAAAACAAACAAAUGUUCAGACGUUGCUUAUAAGAUUGUGGUUUUUGAUUGUCUAGAUGUAACUUUUGGAAGUGUGUUACAAGAAAUAACAUUUGUGUGUAUAAAAAUGAUCUAAAAUCUGUUUAGAAAAAAUGAAAGUGUCCUCAAUAAUAAAUCACUGAAUGCCAAACAUUAAGCUGAUGUGCUGUAACUCCAUACUGGGAUAGUUUAUUAGGGAAAACAACAAGUCUUGUUAGUUAUUUGUCCUGACUGUAAAAUACCAAUAAU